GCUGGUGAGGAACAUUCAUACAACAACCAGCAGCAAGUACACAAUAAGCUUAAGAAUAAUAAAGCAAAAAAAAAUCGAAAAUUUAAAAUAACUGAAAGUGAAAAGUGAAGAACUUUUUGAAAAAAAGCGAAGCGUUUUAACCAAAAAAGAAACCAAUUGAAAAGUUAUUGUAAAUUGGACAUUUGUGUUUAUACAUACACACAUACAUACAUACAUACAAGUAGAAAAUCGUGAAACAAUGAGCAGCAUAGUGAAACAAAGUUGUCGUGUCUGCCAAACGGCGGGCAAGCAAAUAAAUUUCUUUCCCAAUCCUUGGAAGACAGCUGCACCGGCCUUUUCCACAUCCUGCACUUGCCAACAAACAAAUGCCGCCUACAAACAGGAAAAUCGUGCUGUGGAAUUCUCAAGGCGCCUUCUCUCAAAAGUUUCGCUGCAAAAUAUAACUGGUCAUCCACGACAGCAACAAGAACCAUGGAAGCCAUGGCCGAACAGCGUAAAUCCACAUACUGGCGAAAUUGGCGGCCCAGCUGGUCCAGAACCCACACGCUACGGUGAUUGGGAACGGAAGGGACGAGUUUCAGAUUUCUAGUCAAAAUUUGCUUAGAAUUUUGCUUUUCUUUCACUACUAAGUAGAAAUAUCAAUAGUACAUAAGUAUGUUUAAGCAAUAAUUAAAGAAAAAAAUUAGCAUAAGACAUUUCGACUGAAUAAGAAUUGUAAUUUAUAUUUUAAUAAAUUACUAUACUAUUUUAAGUACAAAUGUACUUAAAC